AUGCUCCUCUCCAAAGCCCUUCUUCCUCUCGCCCUAUGCCUGGCUCCUCUGGCCCAGGCCCUCAGCAACGAAGCCAGCACCCUCAUCGGCCAUACCACAACCAUUGCCCAAAAGUAUGAAGAUACCGCAUCUUCUUUUGAUAGCUGGGGCGGCGGACUGAUCACCAUUAUUCCGUCUUUAAUGUCUCUCCAGGGUCUGCAUAACGCGCAGGUAGCUGCCAUCCGCGAUGCCAAAAAGUGCAAUACCUUUACCCCAGAAGAGAGUGGUCAGAUUAUGCAAGGGAUAGAACGCAUUUGCGCUGCUACCAGAAAACUUCACACAUCUAUUGCCAAGAAGUCACCCGAGGUGUGCGCAACCGGGUUUGGAUACGUCGGCCAAGCUUUUGUUCAGAUCAUAAAGUCAGACGUAACGAAAUUCCUCGAUGCCAUGGAACCAAAUAUGCAUUCAGAACAUUCUUCGAAGUUUCCAGUACUUCAUUCACGAAAGGAUGCGAUUACCCAAGAAAUUAUGGACAGCUUUCUAUAA